AUGUUGCAAAGAAUAGCAGCACCUCCGCACCAUCGAGCACAGGAACCAGAAAUUGACAAAAACUAUGAGAGAGUUAGGAAACAAGGGGCAAAGACAUUUGGAGGUACUACAGAUCCUGCAGAAGCUGAAGAAUGGUUGAGAGAUACAGAGAGGGUUUUAGACAAAAUUGAAUGCGCUCCUCAGCAGAAGCUGGAAUAUGCAGUGUCAUUAUUUGAGAAGGAUGCUUUGGAUUGGUGGGAAACAGUUCCAAGAAGCGGAAAUAUGCCAUUGACUUUAACCUGGGAUGAUUUCCUCAGAGAAUUUGGUGAGAAAUACAUGCCACCAGUAUUAUCAAAGUAUGCACCUGAAGAGAUAACUAUUGAGGAAAGGAAAAGAAGUAAAUUUGAAAGCGGUUUGAACCUUGAUAUUCGAGAGAAAAUUGCUGUUAAGACUCCUACUUAUAGUGCAUUGAUUGAAGCCGCUUUGAGGGCUGAAGAAAUACUAGUUGAAAAUGACUGGGACUUUUAA